AUGCGCCAUGGCCUCUGUUUUGACUUGUUGAUCAAGCGCUUGCGCCACCUCCAUUGCCGAGUUCACUUUUAUUCACCAUCCGCCCAACAUCCGUGUCUCGUACUCCGUCAACGUUUCAACCAUCAUGUGGUCCCACUUGAAAUUAGCAGAGCUGGGAAGGACAGAAGUGAUAAUCACCGUCAAAGCGGUGAUGACGACCAGCUGCGGCUACGACGAAAGAAGGGAGAGGAAGGGUUCAACAAGGAGAAGGGAUUCUACAGGAAGGGACACGAACUCACUGAGACGCAGCCCAUGGAUGAUGGGGUUUAUGUUGGGAAGUCGCACAAGGUUGUCCUGGGACGUGAUGAUGAAUUUCCGGAGGGUAACAGCGAGACCGAGAAGGCAGAACUACACGUAUUAUGGAAUAGUGUAGUACAUCCCAAGUAUAAUCACAUUUUCAUUUCCGCUGAUUGCAGAGGAUCGUCCGUCAAAAAGCUGAGAAACGAUAAUUAGAUCGCGGCGGAUGGAGGCUUUGGCAAUGAUCAAAAUGAAAACGGGUCUGAGGCGUCGGUCGUUUCAUUACUAACCGGUACUAUAACCAGUGAACACUGGCACAUCCUGAGAGUACGUACGUAAGGGCAACGACAGUCGACGGUCACUAACCACAGUACCAUCUUUUAUCGAGGCAGGGCAGUCGCGAGUCAACGAGCUCCCUCCAUCAGUGAGAGGGACACGGCGGUGAACGCGGUUGCACCCGAGGACUCAGGCAGGAGAGGGGGGUAAUAACAAGGUAGUGGAAUCAAUCCACACGGACUGUUUCGACUUGCCGAGUGAGUGUUCAGAUGGAGAGGGAAGCGUAGCAUGUCGAUUGUUAUCCGAGCGCAGAGGUCAGUGGACGCAAAUGAAGCUUACAGCUAACGAGGUAUCGAUAGACCAGAUUCCAAAACACUCCACUUAGUGAUUUUAUUUACUUUUGGAGCUGACCAAACAACUACGGCCAGCCAUUUGGCGGGCAUUGCCUUCCCGCCCCUUCUCACUUGUUGCAUAUAUAGUCAUACAUUCCCAGU